UUCAAGAUCAUAUUCUUCCUCCUGCAGAUGAUGUAUCGAACAGUAGGAUUUCGCACCCAAAAUAGAGAUUUGAAACCAUGGAUGAUUGCCCUUCUUGCUGUGUUAUUACUGACAGUGGUGGCAGUAACCAUUGGUCUUCUGGCUCACUUGUUAGUCUCUGGCCAGAAAAUGGAGUAUUAUCAUGGCACCUUUAAAAUUUCAGAUCUACGAGUUAAUAGUCAUUCUGAACAAAACAGCACAUACCAACUUAAGGACUUACGGGAGAUGAGCGAGAAUAUGGUGGAUGAGAUAUUUAUAGAUUCAGCCUUGAACAAGCAUUAUAUCAAGAACCAAGUAGUCAGACUGACUCCAGAGGAAGACGGUGUGAAAGCAGAUAUCAUUAUGGUGUUCCAGUUUCCCUCUACCCAGCAAAAGGCCCUACUAAGGGAGAAAAUCUUUAGCAUCUUAAAUCAGAAGAUAAGGAACACAAGAGCCUUAUCCAUAAAUGCCUCUUCCGUUCAAGUUAAUGCAAUGAGCUCAUCAACAGGAAAGCUAACUGUCCAAGCAUGUUGUGGUAAACGAGUUGUUCCAUUAAUAGUCAAUAGAAUAAUGUCUGGAGACAUUGCAGCCAAAGCUGCCUGGCCUUGGCAAGCUUCCCUUCAGCGUAAUAACAUUCAUCAGUGUGGAGCCACCUUGAUCAGUAAUACAUGGCUCCUCACCGCAGCACACUGCUUCACGAAUAGUGCAAAUCCACAUCAGUGGACUGUUAGCUUUGGAACAACAAUCAAUCCUCCGUUAAUGAAAAGAAGUAUCAGAAGAAUUAUUGUCCAUGAGAGAUAUCACUCCCCAGCAAGAGAAUACGACAUUGCUGUUGUGCAGUUCUCUCCUAGGGUCACCUUUACUGAUAACAUCCGCCGGGUUUGUUUGCCAGAAGCCUCUGCAUCCUUCCAACCAAAUUCUACUGUCUAUAUCACAGGAUUUGGAGCACUCUUCUAUGGUGGGAAAUCCCAAAAUAAUCUUCAAGAAGCCAAACUGAAAAUCAUAAGUGAUGAAGUGUGCAAGCAACCACAUGUAUAUGGCCAUGAUAUAAAAUCUGGAAUGUUUUGUGCUGGAUAUCUGGAAGGAAUAUAUGAUGCUUGCAGGGGUGAUUCUGGGGGACCUUUAGUUGUAAAGGAUCUUAAAGAUACCUGGUAUCUCAUUGGAAUUGUGAGCUGGGGAGAUAAUUGUGGUCAAAAGAAUAAACCUGGAGUCUACACAAAAGUGGUUUAUUACCGAAACUGGAUCACUUCAAAAACAGGCCUUUAA